AUGCACAAGAAUUUGCAAAGUUUGAACGAAUGUACAAUGCGCGAAAUAUCGUCGCAACAAGAACCAGAAGAUGUGCUAGUAAGACAACACUCGAUAAUCCCAAAUCUGCCACUGGCGGCGCAAAUACUUAUCGAAGCAUAUAUAACUUUCAUGACUCAGUCAUCCCUCAUGAUUUGUGCCAUUUUCUUCGUCGUUUUCUGCAACGUUAUACGGCAAAGUUUCAACAAACUCAUCGCCGAUAUGCAGUGGCUUGGCAUCGAUUUGGCUGCAAUGAUUUCACCAAAAGCGGCAUUGGAGGUCCUGAGAAAGCUGCAACAGAGAUUUCAGCAUCUCAAAGAAGCAGCGGAUGUGGUGGAUGGUCAGUUUUCAGUAGCUCUGCUGUACCUUUGUGCUUGGACGCUUUUAGCUCUUUGCUUCAUCCUUUAUUCUUAUCUCAAAGACAGCGAUAUCCAAGCAACUGCUCUGCAAAUCGUCGUCCUGAAUGGUGAAGUCUUGAAAUUGUGUCUAAAAAUGUUCGAGAAUCACAUCUACGAUGAAAACAACGCAUCGCUUACUAAUUGUAUAUUGAUGUUUGCUGAGACAGUGAAAAUGGGACCGGCCAAUUUUACAGCUGGUGGAUUCUUCGUUAUCACGCGUUCGCUCCUCCUCACGAUGGCUUCCUUUACGGCCACUUAUUUGAUCAUAUUGCUGCAAAGUACCACAAAUGUAGUAUGUCAGUUACCAGCCGAAUUCGUGUCACAAUAUGAAACACCGAGAACAACAGUGGGACCACUUGAUACUUGA